GACUAAUUGUAGAAAACAAAACAAAAAAAAGAAGAGAUUUGUGCGCAAACUGGUAGGUGCAGCACACCUUGCGAUUGCUUGCCUAAGCUUGAUAUACAAUACGUGCGUACCUUUGAGGGCAGAGUAAGCGGGUAUGGCUUGGCAUAUUUUUAUUAACCGGCUAUAUAAUUGACUAACCGAGUGGAUUUCGAAUUCAUUAGCUCGCGCUCAAGCAAACCGUGCACAAGUGCAAUUUGAAUGAAAAUUAUUUAAAACUGAAAUAAAUUUUAAGAAUAUUGAAAAAUCUUUACCAAAAAAUAAUUAUUAAACAUUACAACAAUAUUUAAUAAACACUAAACAAUAUCACAAGGCUGAAUCUAGCAUAUUUUGCACAUAUACACAAUCAAAGAUAUUUACACUCGCAGCAAAACACUUUAUUAAGGGAAAAAAUAAAAAAUAAAAUAAUAAAAUCCCUCAUACGCCAUGGUGCACUGGAAUAAAUCCAAUAAUGGUAGUUUAGUUGUUGAUGCUCCCGAGGAUGCAUUGGCAUUAUACACUACGGAAGACGAAUAUGAAACAGUGUCCAAUGAUUUAGUAAAGCAGGAAAGUAGUGAUAGUGAAAGUGAGCCUGUUGGUGUUGAGGCAGCCGCUGCUGCAGAUGGUACAGCUGGUGCAGCCGGCGAAGCAGUCGCAGUGAAUAUCAUACCACCACCAAUGUCGGAUGCGCAUAAUGAGGCUGCGGCAAGAACGCAAAAGUCUGCUGAAAAGGCUAAAGAGCUGGAAGAAACUACACAAAUCAUUGAGGAAAUCAUUGAAGGCAUUUCGCUCAAUCAUCGACGCGGUACAAUUUUUCGGACCAUAUCGGCGAUUAUAAGCCAUCGCGAGCAGGAGCAACGUAACGCUGAAGAUGUACUCUUCGAUAUGUUCUACAAUGAGGAGACCGGUCUUAUAUCGAUGGGCAAAUUUUUGGCCGCUCUCAAGACGACCGGCAUCAGGCGCACCGAUCCACGCAUUCGCGAAUUGAUGGAGAACUUGAAGAAGGUGCAUAAAUUGUCGAAUUAUGAAACUGGUUCGUCGGCGGAGACGCAAAAUUUAAAUCGUGAAACUUUCAAGGCUGUCGUAGCACAAAACAUCGUACUGAUCGCUAAAGCUUUCCGGCAACAAUUCAUCAUACCCGACUUUGUAAGUUUCGUUAAGGAUGUCGAAGAUAUCUAUUGGAAGUGCAAGACAAAUGCGGAUGGUGCUGUAGCCAAUUAUAUACCACAGCUGGCGCGUUAUAGUUCGGAUUCCUGGGGUGUGAGCAUCUGUACGAUCGAUGGACAGCGUUACUCCAUAGGCGAUGUGGAUAUACCGUUUACUUUGCAGAGUUGCAGCAAACCGUUGACGUAUGCCAUCGCCUUGGAGAAGCUGGGACCUAAAGUGGUGCAUUCGUAUGUGGGUCAAGAGCCAAGUGGUCGUAAUUUCAACGAACUUGUGUUGGAUCAUAAUAACAAGCCACACAAUCCAAUGAUCAAUGCUGGUGCCAUAUUGACUUGCUCACUGCUGCAGGCGUUGAUCAAACCCGAUAUGACGGCCGCUGAGAAAUUCGAUUACACUUUGCAAUGGUUCAAGCGGUUGUCGGGUGGCGAGAAUAUCGGUUUCAAUAAUGCUGUAUUCCUGUCGGAACGCGAGGCGGCUGAUCGUAAUUAUGCUUUGGGCUUUUAUAUGCGCGAAAAUAAGUGUUAUCCAAAGCGUACGAAUCUCAAGGAGGUCAUGGACUUUUACUUCCAGUGCUGCUCCAUGGAGACCACAUGCGAAUCAAUGUCUGUGAUUGCCGCUACGCUGGCCAAUGGUGGCAUCUGCCCCACCACCGAAGAGAAAGUUUUACGUCCCGAAGUCGUACGCGAUGUACUCUCCAUAAUGCAUUCGUGCGGCACAUACGAUUAUUCCGGCCAAUUUGCCUUCAAAGUUGGCCUACCAGCCAAAUCCGGUGUCUCCGGUGGCAUGAUGCUGGUCAUACCAAAUGUGAUGGGCAUAUUCACAUGGUCACCACCACUCGAUAAGCUGGGCAAUAGUGUACGUGGCGUACAAUUUUGUGAAGAAUUAGUGAGCGCCUUCAAUUUCCAUCGCUAUGAUAAUCUAAAGCAUGCAUCGGAUAAGAAGGAUCCACGUAAACAUCGUUACGAGACUAAAGGACUGUCCAUUGUUAAUCUGCUAUUCUCAGCAGCGAGUGGUGAUGUAACCGCUUUGCGACGUCAUCGACUCUCCGGCAUGGAUAUUACCUUGGCUGACUAUGAUGGUCGAACGGCGUUGCAUUUAGCCGCUUCCGAAGGUCAUUUGGACUGUGUGAAAUUCCUAUUAGAGCACUGUCAAGUGCCACAUAAUCCAAAGGAUCGUUGGGGUAAUCUGCCAAUAGAUGAGGCGGAAAAUUUCGGCCAUCAUGCCAUUGUAGAUUACCUAAAGGAAUGGGCUGAGAAAGCUGAGGCGGCAGAGGCCACAACACCGGAGGCGGUUAUAAAGAAUACCGAGGCGGAUGAGGAAAUUCUUACUUCCAAUCAAAGCAUUAACUCUGACUACGAUCGCAGCGCCACUGCUAGUCCAAUACCUUCGGAUACAGGCAGCAGCAGCGGUGUUGAUGAUAACACCAAACCUGGUUUAUAAACACGAAACACUGGGAUGUGAUCAGCAUACACACAUAACCACAUACUAUAUAAAACGCACAUCAACCUACACAAACAUUCAUCACAUAUAUAUAUAUAUAUAUUUACAAAGCCAUCACAUCAUGACUUCAGGGAUAAGACUUGAGAAUGAUUCCUGGAGAAUCUCUGCUUACAUUUCACCAAAUACCAAACAUAAAAAUAA